ACCUUUACUUAGCUGAGUUCUGCCUCUGAAGGAAAGUCUCAAGAUGAAGUUCGUCCUGUAUUCCGGUUUGUGUCUCGCCUUUGCCUCGGUGACUUUGGCCGCUGUUUCGAAGCCCCAGGCCGCUCAACUGGAAACGACGUUCAAGGCCUUUGAAAAGUGCGCUUUCCAGGUGGGCAACAUUUUGGAUAACAAUGAAAAACCCAUUCGGAAACUGGCCGGUUCAUCUGUGGCCAAGCUCUGUGAGGAGGUUGGAGAAUCCGUUGUGGUCCUGAAUGAAACGAUCUAUGGUGCCUGGGAUGAGCUGAUGGCGGUGAGCAAUGACGCUCAGGCAGCUGCGCUCGGUGCCAACGUUAAGACCCUCUCGGAUGCUACCUGCAAGCUUGGUACCGACCUGGCCGCAGCUCUCAAGACUAAGUCGUUGACUAACUUCAAGACAGCUACGGCUGGCUAUAUCAAAUCGGCUGGCCUUGCUGGAAAUACGCUGGUCAGCAACCUGAACAAGAUGAACAAUGUUGAUGCUAAGAAUGUUAGCGACGUCAUCGUGGAUCUGGUUAAGAUUGUUGGCAAAAUCCGGAAGGCGUUGAGUAUUUGAAGAUAAGUACCCUGUUACUGACUCAGUUGAGAAUUGAAAAAGGUUUCAAAUGGUGGUUUAAUAAAAUUGUCUAAAACAAAGAGAAGUCAA